AUGGUCGGAUCAUCCCUCCUCCUACCUCUCCUCGCCGCCCUGGCCUCCAUAGCCGGCGCGGUACCAGUAAACGAGCGCCGCCCGCCCGCCCGACGUGCGGAAAGCCGGGGACAGUCGUCCACCACCCAAGUCACGGUACCAACCUCCCAAGCGGCGACAGCAGCGCCCACGAGCCCGCCCGCGGUGUCACUUCCUUCACCCAUCACCGUCUCCUCCUCGUUUGUCACUUCUCGUCUCGCUUCGUCGACUUCGGCGGGUGUGCCUGGCGUUUCCUCAUCAUCGGUGAGAACGUCGGCGGCAGCCUCCUCAGCUUCUGCUGCGCCGUCUUCUCUAUCAACUGUGCGAGUGUCCAGCACGGGCACAGCCUCUCCGCCUGCCACCGGCACAGGAACCCCGGCAUCGGGAUACAGGAAUGUCCUGUACUUUACAAAUUGGGGCGUCUAUGGGGCGAACUACCAACCGGCAGACAUUCCCGCAGACAAGGUGACGCACUUGCUCUACUCCUUUGCGGAUAUCCAAACAGAUGGCACGGUAGUCUCGUCAGACCCUUACUCAGACACGCAACGCCAGUACUCUGGCGACGACAACCAAGCAGGUAACGCCUACGGCUGCGUCAAGCAGCUAUACGCCCUCAAGAAGCAAAACCGUCAGCUCAAGCUCGUCCUCUCCAUCGGCGGCUGGACCUGGUCCAGCAAGUUCCCCGCCGUGGCCGCCUCGGACACGGCUCGUAAGCAGUUUGCUUCCUCUGCGAUCAAGCUCAUGAUCGACUGGGGUUUCGACGGUCUCGACAUUGACUGGGAAUACCCAGCCAGCGACACGGAAGCAACAAACUUCGUCGCCCUCCUCAAGGAAGUCCGCUCCCAGCUCGACGCCUACGCCGCGGCCAACGCACCGGGCUACCAUUUCGCCCUCACAAUCGCCUGCCCCGCGGGUCCCUCGCACUACAAGCAGAUGAACCUCCGCGGCAUGGACCCCUAUGUCGACGCCUGGCACCUCAUGGCCUACGACUACGCCGGCUCCUGGGACACCACGACGGGCCACCAGGCCAACCUCUACCAGAAUCCGUCCAACCCGACGGCGACAAAGUUCGACACCCAGACCGCGCUGGCGUACUACCUCUCCCAGGGCAUCGCCCCCAGCAAGGUCGUCCUCGGCCUGCCGCUCUACGGCCGCUCCUUUGAGAACACGGCCAACGGCGUCGGCCUGCCGUACUCGGGCGUCGGGACGGGCUCCAUCGAGCCGGGCGUGUGGCACUACAAGGUCCUGCCCAAGGCCGGCGCCGUCGAGGUCUACGACUCGACGGCGGGCGCGCUGUACAGCUACGAUAGUUCGACAAAGGAGCUCAUCAGCUACGACAACCCGGCGAGCGCGGGCGUCAAGGCUCAGUAUCUGCUCGACAACAAGCUUGGCGGCGCCGUCUUCUGGGAAGCCGCUGGUGACCGCAAGGGCGAGGAGUCUGGUGGGUGUGUUGGCGAGCAAGAUGGGCAAGCUCGAUUCGAACCAGAAUCUGUUGAGCUACCCUAA